AUGUCGAAGCGCAAGGGAGUUCGAUUUGAUGAAGAAAAUUUGCAAGCAUUAGCUAGCGAUGACGUUAAACGUUUCAAAAGUAAGCAUUCACUGGACAGCGAUGAGGAAGAUGAUCGAAAGCAAGUUGAUAAACUAAAUGAAGACGAUAUUGAAGGACAAGAAGACGAAACAGAAACGUAUACGGAUGACGGAAUGAAAAUUACACCUUUUAAUUUGAAGGAAGAAUUAGAGGAAGGCUAUUUUGACGCUGAAGGUAACUAUUUUGCAAACAAGGAUGAUGAUGUGAGUGAUAACUGGUUGCAAGCUGUCGACUGGAACAAAAUUAAAAAUCAAUCAAAUAAAAUCGAGCAGGAAGAUAGUGCUCAAAGUGAAAAAGUAGACAAGCUUCCACCUGACGGUAUCUUGAAUGCUCUAAAGGAAUUGGCUGCUUUCUUGCUACCUAAAGAAACUCCGAUACGAGCUAUUCGUCGUUUCGGCGGAAACAAGGGUAGCUCAGCUAGUCAAAAAUGGAAGUUAAAGAAAGAAAGAUUUCAGCCUGCAGAUAUUGCAGGUACUGCAAAUACUGAAAAGGAAGAGGACAAUCGAAAAAAGUGCGAACGCAUAACUGAAAUAACAGAUCUCUUGCUUCACAAUGACAGGACAAACAUCUAUCAUGAAAACUUAGAAUAUAUCAAUCAUCAAAUUAGCUUACUAAGCGAAAAAUCGAAAGAUGAAAACAAUGACACGGUUAAUUGGUUCUAUAAAUGGAAAGAUGAAGAAGAUGCAGAGGUCUUUGGACCAUACAGUAGCGCACAAAUGCUUGAUUGGACAAAUCAAGGUUAUUUUCCAGAUGGGGUUUUUGCUCGUAGGGCCGAGACAGAAGAUUCUCUUUACUACACAUCGAAGAGAAUUGAUUUUGAUCUGUACACUUAA